AUGACGGACUCACCAAAGACACUAGCGAAAGGAGGUAGCAAGUCACUCAUGGAGAACUUGCUCGGUCUUCUCCGAAUCCGCGUCAAACGCGGUGUUAAUCUCGCCGUUCGCGACGUCCGUAGCAGCGAUCCCUACGUCGUCAUCAAGAUGGGUAAACAGAAACUUAAAACUCGUGUAAUUAAAAAGGAUGUUAACCCAGAGUGGAAUGAAGAUCUUACACUUUCUGUUACAGACCCCAGCAUUCCAAUCAAGCUGACUGUGUAUGACCAUGACACAUUCAGCAAGGAUGACAAAAUGGGAGAUGGAGAAUUUGGCAUCGUACCUUAUAUAGAGGCAUUGAAGGUGAACUUAGAAGGGGUCCCAAGUGGCACGAUCGUCACGAGAAUACAACCAAGCAGGGCAAACUGCCUAGCUGAGGAGAGCUGCAUUCUCUGGAAGGAUGGGAAGGUGGUCCAAGACAUGUGCCUCAGACUGAGAAAUGUGGAAUGUGGUGAAGUGGAAAUUCAGUUGCAAUGGAUUGACCUUCCUGGUUCCAAGGGCUUAUCAUGA